AUGAGGCAGUCGACACCCAUUCUCUGGGUUGUCCAGGCUUGUCUAAUAUGGCUGACAUUGGUAUCGGCAUCACCUGCCAUUUCUCAUGAGAAUCUGGUAUCUUCAGAUUCAGACUCCGAUGUCGCCGCGCUUCAGACCCGUGACACAAAACCGUUUCCACUUCGAAUUUUGCCGCUUGGUGCUUCAAUUACUAAGGGGUACAAAUCGAAAGAUGGAAACGGAUAUCGGAAAUGGCUUCGACAGCAAUUACGCUAUGCUGGCUGGGAGGUUGAUAUGAUUGGCACUAUGAAGAGUGGGACCAUGCAUGAUAAUGAUCAUGAUGGACACGUUGGCUGGAGAAUUGAUCAAAUUGCCUCUCAUGCCAAACAGAUCAUCCCACAACAACCUAAUCUAAUCCUUCUCAACGCUGGUACAAAUGAUGCACUACAAGAUUACAAAGUAGACACCGCAGGCAAACGGAUGGACUCUCUCCUUACAUAUCUCUUUGACAACAUCCCCAACACAACCAUAAUCCUAUCAACCCUCACAUUCAAUGGAAGGAAGCCUCAAUUAGGCACCGACAUCAGCACGCAGUACCUGGAACUGGCAGCCAAACGCCGAGCGCGAAAUGAAAGCCUCGUCGUGGCUGAUAUGAGCACAUUCAUCCAGUGGAAGCAAUUCGUCGAUAAGAUUCAUCCGACAGCCGCUGGAUACGAGGAAAUGGCCUCGGUAUGGUGGGCGGCCAUUCAACAAGCUGAGAAAGAAGGCUUUCUCAAGGCGCCAACGUCAACGAAGAAUAAUCCUGUUUUAAGCAAGGCCCGUGAAAAGCAACUCGAUGAUAGCACCGCUGAUCCGAGUCUGCCUGCAUACACGGCUCCCCCUCAGCCUACGAUUAAGAGUAGUAAGGGCUCGUCUUUAUCCUACCAGUGGCAUCUCUGGGCUGUUGCAUUCCAGAUGAUUAUGACGUGCAUUGGUUUCUCCUAUGUAUGA